AUGGCAAAGAUAUUCAGCGUUACACCAGCAGAGCUCAACACCCUCAAAGGCAGGGAUGCCAACACUCACAACGACCUUGAAUCUUUCUCAGAUACAUCAUACCCAUCCACUCCUACAGAUACCCACCCCUCCGACCCAUUCUCGGCACACUUCCGUCCCCUCAAGUCCACUUCAACCUCUACUUCAGCAUCUACUUCAACAGCAAGAGGGGGAUACCUCUCCAAGAUCGUACUCUCGUUCUUCCUCUCGCCUACAGGAUACCGUCUCUUGAGAUUCGACUCAAAGAGCAAAUCCAAGAAGGGGAAAACUACCCCUUCUGCCUCGACUAAGUCUGCCCCUGCUUCCAAAAAGAGCAAGCCUUCGGUGACUUUCUCGCACGAGAGCCUCCAGAGGCUGGGUACCUCCCUCGUUGACCCUGAGGAAUACGAGCGAUGGUUCAAAUCCCAAGCCAACAACAACAACAGACCCUCAAUUGACGACGACCACUAUGGCGACAACAACAACAAACCACAAGUAAACAGGAAUGUAGCAGCACUGUCUUCAGCAACACGCGCAGGAAUCCGAGGAUUCACACUUGCCUUCCUGGCAGGCACAGCCAUGGACGUCCUCCUCCCCGCUCUCCUCAAACAAAAAUUCAAGGGACUUGUCCACAAGAUCUUUACCAACCCUUCCUCCCUACGACUAGGAGCUUCCUGUGGUCUCUUUGCAUUCGUCUACAAACUGUCCUUCCAUAUUAUUGCCCUCGCUCUCGAGCACGCCUCUUCGUCUUCGCAGGAUCAACGUCCAGCAGGUUCCAGGAGGUCGGACUCUGGAAUUAGCCUUGGAGGCACGCAACGGCGAGGUCAACACGGAGAUGGCAAGAUUGUAUUUGGGGGGUUGACACAGCUCGACAGCGGAGACGAGAACCAACAACAGAAUGGAUCUGAUGAUGAUGACGAUACACUCCCAGUGAACCCCAAGGAGCAGGCUGCAAGGAACAGGAAAAAGUGGGUCCCCGCUCUAUUGGCCUCCCUUAUCGCUGCACCGGCCUACAGUCUGAUCCCCGAAAAGGCCCGUCGGUUGACGAUGGCGUUGUACUUUUUGACGUACGCUGGUGAAUCUGCUUAUGCGGCGCUGGAACAUGAGGGGCUCUUGAAGUGGUUGCCUAGUUGGGUCGGGAUCUGGAUCUUGGCGCCUAUUAGUACCUCGCAGAUUGUGCACACCUUCAUCCAGCAUAAUGACUGCAAUCCUGUGGGAUGGACAAAGCUGAUUAUGUCACAAUGCGACCCAUACCUCCACCGCCCCAAGGGCUUCAACACAAAGUCUCUAGGCGCCUUCCCAACCUCCGGACAGCUCUUUGAAGGCGCAAAAGCCUACAUGAACGCCGGGUACCUGUCCCAACCCAUCCUCGCCUCCGCCGCCACUGCUGCUGCUGCUGCCCUUACAGGAGAUGUCAGCGGUAGUGCAAAGGGAUUCUUGUUGCCAAAGGCUUGUGAGAGUACUUUCAAGUUCACAGAGUCCAUGGGUCACCACUCGGUCGGGUGUCGAAUGUUUCACCCGGGGGUGGCGAGCUGUGGGACAGCGACGAGGCAGCUUCUGGGCCGGAAUGCGGUUUUCUCGUUCAAGAUGUAUGCGGUUCUGGCGGCUUUGACGUUUAUCGCCCGUGGAGGGAAUGUCUUCCAGAAGGGGGUGAUGAACUAUGUAUCAAAGACAACAAUCGCAACCCUCCGUAGCACAAUCGCAACCUGGGGUAUCGUCGUCACCGCAUUCCCCCUCUUCUGCUCCAUGGACAAAACACUCCCGACCUGGUUCCUCCCCACAAAACGACACUACCUCAACGGUUUCCUGGGUGGACUCUGGGUCCUCCUCGAGACACCCGCCAGGCAAUCGGCCUUGACGUUGUAUUUUACAAGGUUUAUGAUUGAGGCGCUUUGGAGGAGAGCCGUUAAGGCGGGGUUGGUCCGGAAAGUGAAGGGUGGGGAGACGGUGUUGUUUGGAUGUGCGAUGGCGGUUGUUAUGGGUGUUUUUGAGACGUCUCCGGGGAUGGGGAGGAAGACGAUUAUUCAGAAUAUGUUGAACAAGAUUUUUGUUGACUGA